CACAAAAGACAAUGAAAAGAAAUACAUUCUCACAAAUUCCAUCCACAAAAUAGGAUCCUCGGAUCUAGAAACUCAACCUCAAGGUCACGCCCAUGGCGGAACCUAGAUCAUGUUGCAGUGCCUGCACCACCAUCGUACUCUCACUUGGCUUGACAUCUCUGUUCUUAUGGCUAAGCCUUCGCCCCGACAAACCCAAAUGCUCGAUCCAAUACUUUUACGUUCCCUCCCUCAACAAAACCCUCGAUUCAAGUCAAAACACCUCUCUGAAUUUCAUGGUUCGCCUCGAUAACCCUAAAAAAGACCAAGGAAUCUACUACGACGAUGUCCGUUUGUCGUUUUUCAACUCCUCCUCGAGAACCCAUUUCUUGGGCAACUACACGAUCCCGAGAUUCUAUCAGGGUCACAAGAAAAAGGCCAAGAAAUGGGGCAAAAUCCAGCCUUUGGACAAGGAGGCGGUUCUCCGGGCUGUUUUGCCGAACGGGUCGGCGGUUUUCCGGGUGGAUUUGGAUACGGAGGUGAGGUACAAGAUCGUGUUCUGGAAGACGAAGAGGCACAAGAUCCAGGUGGGUGCCGACGUGGAAGUCAACGACCAGGGUGAGAAAGCUAAGAAGAAGAAAGGGGUCAAGAUGAGGAAAUCGUCUUCUUCGCGAGGUUCUUGCCUCUGUGUUUCAGUGGUUGUUUUGAUAGAUCUUCUUCUGUUUCUUAUGAUUAGCCCUUAGCUGUUUCUCCACUUUAGAUUCCAUUUGUCAGAUUCUUUGUUUUUUCCCCUUCAGAAAGUGUUGUUUGUUCCCACGUAAUUUGGGUUUCGCCGUUUCGUGUUCUCA